AUGACUUCAAAUGGGCUUGGAUCCUACAAUAUAGAUGUCACUUCGGUAGUAAUAACCAAUCCUAUGGCCGGUGCAACAACUUCCUACUUGGGAACAAGCAGAUUGGCUAUGACAUUUCACCUUCCUUUAGCUACAAUAUUUAAUAUUGAGUUCGAUUUCAUCGAUAAUCACAACAUCAUGGCAGAAUUUACUACCAAGUUGCAAGCGCAUUCUUUUCAAGGAACUGUGUUGGAAUACAUGUUGGGAAUUGAUCUAUCUUGCAAUCAAUUGACUGGGAACAUUCCUCUUGAUUUUGGAAAUUUAAGCAAAAUUUAUGCUUUGAAUCUUUCACACAACAAUCUCACUGGAGGCAUCCCGAUAACCUUAUCAAAUCUUGCAAAGUGCAGAGUUUAG